AUGGGAAGCCAGCCAGAUCUGUCGAAGGAGCAAUUGUUCCGAGACGCCAAUCAAGCUCUCGACUACGAUGUUCUCAUCGUCGGCGCCGGCCUCAGUGGCAUCUUUUCACUCCAUCGCAUGAGAGAACUUGGUCUGCGGACCAAGGUCCUCGAAGCAGGCCCCGAGGAAGGUGGAACAUGGUUUUGGAACCGUUACCCAGGCGCGCGAUUCGACUCCGAGAGCUAUUCAUACAUCUUCUCAUUCUCACAGGAGGUUCUGGAUGAGUGGGACUGGACCGAGCACUUCUCUCCUCAGCCGGAGACCCUCAAAUACAUCCAAUACCUUACCAAGAAGUUUGACCUCAAGAGAGGCAUGCAAUUCAACACCAGGAUCAAGUCAGCGCAUUUUCAGAAAGCGACACAGUCGUGGCUCUUGACGGAUACGGACGGCAAACAAUACACCUGCAGAUACCUGGUCACAGCGAUGGGCAUUCUCAACGAGCCGACGCUGCCUAACAUCCCCGGCGUGCACGACUACAAGGGCCAGGCCUGGCACACCGCCAGGUGGCCAAAACACGCUUCUAUGGAGGAGCUGAAGGGCAAGCGCGUCGGCAUCAUCGGUACGGGCGCAACGGCCAUCCAGACGAUCCAGGAGAUCUACAAGUCCGUAGGCAGCCUAACUGUCUUCCAAAGAACGGCAAACUGGACUGCUCCACUGAGGAACAGCAAGAUCAGCCCAGAGGAGAUGAAGGAGAUCCGAAAGAGCUACCCUGAAAUCUUCAGAAAGUGCCAAGAGUCGUACGCGUGCUUCGUCCACGUCGGCAACAGCCAGAGCGUCUUCGACAUGACGGAAGAGGAACGCCACAAGCAGUGGGAGGAGCUCUACGCCCAGCGCGGCUUUGCCAAGGUCCUCAGCAUCUCUGGCGACAUUUACACAGACAAGGCGGCGAACAAGCUGUACAGCGACUUCCAGGAGAAGAAGAUUCGCGCGCGCAUUCGCGACCCCAAGGUCGCGGACAAGUUGAUCCCCAAGAAUCACGGCUUCGGCACUCGUCGUGUGCCCCUUGAGAGCGGAUACUACGAAGCCUUCAACGAGCCCCACGUCACCCUAGUGGACAUCAAGGACGACCCUAUUGAGACCGUCACCGCAAAGGGUAUCAAGACGCAGAGCGAAGACUUCGAGUUCGAUAUUCUCAUUUACGCCACGGGCUUCGACGCCGUGACGGGAUCGUUCCGGGCCGUUGAUUUUGAGGGCUUGAACGGAACCAAACUCAAUGACGUAUGGAGUGACGGUAUUCAGACCUUCCUUGGUCUCACCGUCAAGGAUUUCCCCAACAUGUUCAUGAUCAUGGGCCCGCAUCAAAUGUUCGGCAACAUCCCCCGAAGUAUUGAGUAUGCGGUGGAGUGGGUUUCAGGGUUCAUCCGCUAUGCUCGGGACAAUAAUAUCAUCUACGCCGAGGCCACGGAGGAGGGAAUGGCCAAGUGGACGGAGCAUGUGUGGAAGUGUGGCGAAGGACUUCUCGCGAAUGAAGUUGAUUCUUGGAUGACGGGUGUGAACAAGAACUUGGCGCACAAGCAAAAGAGGUCGAUGACCAGAUACAACGGUCCGGCACCUGGAUACAGGGGCCGAUGUGAGGAGGUGAAGGAGAGGAGCUAUUCGGACUUUGUAUUAGCAUGA